GGGGCGGUUGAGAAGUGAAGUCUUGGCCAGACUUUGCUUCUUGCCAGGAAAUCCGCGGUGGCGGCGGCGGCGGCGGUGAUUCUCGGUGGAGCGGAGCCGGGCUGGCUCCCAGCUCCCUCACCGGGCCGCGGAGAGCGGGAGCCGGCGCCGGACUGCGGCGCCGGUAGCCCUGCGCGCCCCGGGCAGCCGCGCUUUUCCAGUGAGUAACUUUGCCCUGCCCGCCUCGUUCGGCGCCCUCUUCUCCGGCUUGGAGCAGCCGCCUCAGAAAAACGGACCUUGGCUUUAGUGAGAUACAUCCCUGUCUAUUAAAGGAAACCAGACCUUAAGUGGAAGACUAACAUAUGAGGAUACGGAAAUUGCUUCAGUUGAUCCAAAAUGGGGACAACAAGUGAUGAGAUGGUGUCCGUGGAACAGACCUCUUCUUCCUCUCUAAACCCCCUGUGUUUUGAAUGUGGCCAGCAGCACUGGACAAGAGAAAAUCACUUAUACAAUUAUCAGAAUGAAGUUGAUGAUGACCUAGUCUGCCAUAUUUGCCUUCAGCCUCUCUUGCAGCCACUAGAUACCCCCUGUGGACACACAUUCUGCUAUAAGUGCCUCAGAAACUUUUUACAAGAGAAAGAUUUCUGUCCAUUGGACCGGAAGAGACUUCAUUUUAAGCUGUGUAAGAAGUCUAGUAUUUUAGUUCAUAAACUCCUAGACAAAUUAUUAGUUUUGUGUCCAUUUUCUUCAGUGUGCCAAGAUGUAAUGCAACGCUGUGAUCUGGAGGCACAUCUUAAAAACAGGUGUCCUGGAGCUUCUCAUCGGAGAGUUGCUCUAGAAAGAAGAAAAACCGGUAAAACUCAGACCGAGACUGAGAGUGAAAAUGGACCCACUAUAAUAGAUCCUCCAGGUACUUUAUCACCGGAACCGGACUGUUCGGGGACAGGGACAGUGCCCGCCGAGCGGAAUGUGACAUCAGCAGCUCUUCCCGUGUGGACUGAGGAGCCUGGCCUCGACAACCCUGCAUUCGAGGAGAGCGCCGGCACUGACACCGCACAGCAGCCACUUAGUUUACCAGAAGGAGAAAUUACCACAAUUGAAAUUCAUCGGUCUAAUCCUUACAUUCAGUUAGGAAUUAGCAUUGUGGGUGGCAAUGAAACGCCACUUAUUAACAUUGUUAUCCAGGAAGUCUAUCGGGAUGGAAUCAUCGCCAGAGAUGGGAGACUCCUUGCUGGAGACCAGAUUCUUCAGGUCAACAACUGUGAUAUUAGCAACGUGUCCCAUAACUAUGCCAGAGCUGUCCUUUCCCAGCCCUGCACCACGCUGCAUCUCACUGUGCUUCGAGAGAGGCGCUUUGGCAACCGAGCAUACAACCAUUCUGAUAGUAACUCUCCACGAGAAGAGAUUUUCCAUGUGGUUCUUCAUAAACGAGACUCUGGUGAACAGCUCGGCAUUAAAUUGGUCCGAAGGACAGAUGAGCCAGGUGUUUUCAUUCUUGAUCUCUUGGAAGGGGGGCUGGCUGCCCAGGACGGCAGGCUCAGCAGCAACGACCGAGUGCUGGCCAUCAAUGGACAUGACCUGAAGCAUGGGACACCAGAGCUUGCUGCCCAGAUUAUUCAGGUGCUCCAGGUCUCUGCACAGGCCAGCGGAGAGAGGGUGAAUUUAACAAUUGCUAGACAAGGGAAACCCCAGCCUGGUAACACUCUCCGAGAAGCAGGAACUCACAGCAGCAGCCAGCACCAUGCACAGACACUGUAUCACAGCAGACCAAGCUCACAUAAGGAUCUUACUCAGUGUGUUACAUGCCAAGAAAAACACAUUACUGUAAAGAAGGAACCACACGAGUCCCUUGGAAUGACAGUUGCUGGGGGCAGAGGAAGUAAGAGUGGUGAACUGCCCAUCUUUGUAACCAGCGUGCCACCUCAUGGCUGCCUUGCACGAGAUGGCAGAAUCAAGAGAGGUGAUGUGUUGCUGAAUAUCAAUGGCAUCGAUUUGACCAGUUUAAGUCAUAGCGAGGCCGUCGCCAUGCUGAAAGCCAGCGCUGCUUCCCCCACUGUUGCCCUUAAAGCACUCGAGGUCCAGAUUGUUGAGGAGGCAACUCAGACCACUGAAGAGCAGCCAAGCACUUUCAGUGAAAACGAAUAUGACGCCAGUUGGUCCCCAUCGUGGAUCAUGUGGCUUGGGCUUCCAAGUGCUCUUCAUAGCUGCCAUGAUAUAGUUUUACGAAGAAGCUACUUGGGAAGUUGGGGCUUUAGUAUUGUUGGUGGAUAUGAAGAGAACCAUACCAAUCAGCCUUUCUUCAUAAAAACUAUUGUCUUGGGAACUCCUGCUUAUUAUGAUGGAAGAUUGAAGUGUGGAGACAUGAUUGUGGCUGUAAAUGGCCUGUCAACAGUGGGCAUGAGCCAUUCUGCAUUAGUUCCAAUGUUGAAGGAGCAGAGGAACAAAGUCACUCUGACAGUUAUUUGUUGGCCUGGCAGUCUUGUGUAGAUUUUUGAAAUUGGUUUUGAAUCUCGCAUCUUUCUUCUUUGGGUUUUUGAAAGAAGAUCCUUUGGUUUCAUUGUGUUUCUGGUUGUUUAGGAGCUACUGACACACAGCUGGUAUACACAGGGCCAAAAACCACUGAAAUUGUUCUUUUGUUUUUAUUUAAAUGGUUUCCUAUUAGCUACAUUUCUUUUAGCUUGGAAAUAGUCUUCCACUAACCAUUGUGAGUUUAUAUUUUCAGAAUUCAGACUCUCAGUUGUCAAAAUGCUACCUAUAAUAAUGAAUGCCACCCACCCAAACUGUGACCCAACCAAGUGGAUUAAAGAACUUCUGGUCAUUAUUUUCAAUAACUGCAUCAUAAAAUGAGUUAUGUAUUCCCCAAGACUGGUGUCAGUGAAGUCAGUCACAAUAGCAUUGACUGCCACCAUCAAGCCAAUGCCAUGAAUAGAUAGAUUUUAAAUUGGGGUGGUUAUUGUCCCCAUUUUUCAUUGGUGCCAACAUUUCAAAACUUCAUACUGUUUAUGAAGUGAUUUUCUGGGUUUUUUUCUACUGCACACUCUCAGUACUCAUAGAUAAUGAAGACAUAAGUCUGACACCACUGAAGAGAUUUUUUAAAAAUAAUGUACUGUUAUUAGAAUAGUAGAGAAUAAAAGGUGAUGUUAUCCAAUGACAAAGGGAUUUGGAAGAUAAUUAUAGUUUAGUGCUAGAGAUGGGAAAAGAUCGUUGAUUUGAACAGUCUAAAAGCAUUAAAGGUUCAUUUCCAAAGGAAUGUUUUGUUAUAUAGGAAAAUUUUGAAGCAGUUUUUGCUAAAAAUCAUUUCUAGACUUUGUAUCAUACUUAUCAGCUGAUUUAUACAAUUAAACUAGAUAAUAAAGAUAAAACCAUAUUGCUGUUAAAUAAACACAUAUAUAUCACCCUAAGUAGGAGAAGGGAGACCUUUUUAUUUUAUUUUUAUUUGAUUCAGAUAAGAGUCCUUGAGUGUUUAGAAACCCUUAUUUUUCCCAUUACUUCUUUUGAACUUGUUUCAAGUAAGAGACUGAAAAGUUCUGUUUUUCAUCUGUAGUCGUAGAUUUUAGAUGUUAAUAUCUGUCAGUCAGCUCUUGGUCACUAAGCUAUUUCAUAUAUUUUGAAAUGUUAUUCAAAACUAUGACUAACCCAUUUUGUUUGUCCUUUAUUCACCAUGGUUGUCCUUUGGAGAGCUCAAAGAAGUGAAUAAGGGAAAAAUAUCUUUACCUUAUUCACAUUAAGAUACUUGAAAAGUUUCAUUUGGAAACCUAGUUUAGAAUCUGAACUAAUUUACAAGUGACCUCCAUAAUAAAUGGUUCCAUAAUAAAUGGUAUUGAUACUCAGAGAAUGUAUUUCAAAAUACUACAGUAUAUUAUGAAGCAUGACCACUUUAUUUUCAAACUUAGCAGUUGCAUUGCUGGGAUUUAUUGUAUCUGUAGCAUGUUAGUGAUUAUUCCAGUUAGUUUUAUAAUGAUUUUUUAAAACCUGUCUCUUUGGAAUAAAUAAGAAAUGGCAACAGUAAUUGCUGCUGACUCAUUCAGCCCCUUAGCUACACUGUAUGGUCGACAUCUAACCAAGAUACUGUGGAAUGUCCCACACAGUAUAUUACUGUUAUGUGAUGACUGGCUUCUGGAGCAACUUGAUAUUCUAAUUGACAUGGAACAAGUUUUUAUUUUUUUUUUCUGCUCCCCAAAUAGAAUUUUGUAACCGACUUUGCUAUUUUUUUAAACAGUUUGUAAGAAUGUGUCAUUUCUUGGGGAGUGGUCAUCCAUCAACAAAUAUCUUACCUGCUACUUUGUUAUAUAUAAAAUACUUACAUUGAGCCCAGUGGGUAUAAUGAGUAUUUUGAAAGAAGAAAAUUUUUCAAUAUUAUUUUUAUCAUGGAAAUCUUGGAAUCAGCUUAAGCUAUAGGUUUUAUGAUAAAAGACUGUAAGCUUUUUGGUCAGAAUGAUAUUUGGUGAUGGAAACUUGUUCAUAAUUUAUUACUGUUGAAAUAUUUGGAUUUUCUCAUUUAACCCCUUAUAAUUAAAUAUUUGAUUUGUUCUGUGCCUUCAUUUUAAAGUAUUUCAGGAUUUUUCAGAUGUGUUUAAAUAAUGGUGUGAUAAUCAUUCAGGAUGGAAAUAAAAGUCAUCCUUUCCACAAUAGC